AUGCUGGACGAUCUGGACCUGGCCACCCAGCGCAAUCUGGCGCUCGCGCGUCUCAACGCGUCCCCGCUUCCAUCGGCCGCCGGCGGUCUCAAUCCUUCCCCUUCCAGCGGCGGCUCGUCGGCGGCGGCCGUCGCAGUGGCGGCUGCUGCAGCAGCGGCGGCCGCCGCCGCCGCCAACGGUCCCGACGGUCCGGCCCUGUACGGGCAUCUCUACGGCAAGGAGAUGGGCCUGAUGCGCAAGCUCUCUGCGAUGGACGAUUUCGGCUCGGCCGGCGGGACAAACUCGCCUUCGUCAGCCGCCAUGCGCACCUACCAGCAGCUGCUGCAAUCGGACGGCCAGCAGCAGCAACAUCCCCACGCAAAGUUUAACGGCGGACAGUUCGGUUAUCCCAACGCAGGCGGACUGCUGAAACCAUGCUACGACUACGGUUCGCCCCAGCAGCAUCAGCAGCAGCAGGCAGUGGCAGCCGCAGCAGCCGCUGCAGCCGCCGCACUAGCCGCCCAACAUCAGCACCAGAUGCAGCCGCCCAAUCAGCCGCCAGCUGCGACAACCAACGGCUCAAACAACGGCGUCGGACCGCCGAUCAAGAAAGAGCUCGGUUAUGCGGGAGCGGCCGACCUGUACACUCCGCCCCUGACGCCCUCCUCGAUCGGAAGCGGUGGCUCCAACUCCGGCCAAGGUCCGCCCAUCGCCGCCACCUCGACGGCCACCUCCACAUCCUCCUCGACGACCGCAGCGGCUCUCUCCUUCAUGAACAAUCUGUACGGUGAGGCGGGCCACGGAGAACCGUUCGCCAACGGUCCGCCUGCAUCGUCCACGGGCAGCCAGAGUUGUAUGCGUCCGGGCGGCGGCUUAAAGGCGGACCAGCAGGCCGCAAUGCUCGCGUCGAUGGGUGGUGGCCGGGCGCCGGGGGCCAGCUCAAUUAUGAAUAGUCUAGCGAAUAGCGCCAAACACGAACCAAAUACGCCGAACGAUGGGCUCGCCAACGAUCAUCUUCAUCAUCAGCACCAUCAGCAGCUCGGUGGCGGCCACCAUCAUCACCAGUUGCACCAGCACCAUCAUUCGAUGCAUCUUGCGCAUCAUCCCGGCAAUGGUGGCGGCGGCGGCGGCGGCAACAACAGCGCCACACCGACACCGCUGAACGGGGCCGGCGGCGACGACGACCAUGAUAAGCUGUCAUCGCCGCUGACCGGUACCACCUCGACGCUUACGUCCGACCUGCACGAUCCGGACAAUGAUAGCAACCCGGACGGGUACACGAUUCUGUAG